GCCAGGUGAAUCGACCGGAGCUGCGACGUCCUCUGUAUUGAAAGGCGACACACGAAAGCGUCCAACAACAUCAACACCGACGACAGCGACCCGAAACAAACUACCAUAAUCCUGUUCAAAGUCCCUCUCGAGGGCAAAUCUACUCGCCAUGCCUCAGAACGAAUAUAUGGAAAAGCAUAGGAAGGAGCACGGAAGACGAUUGGACCAUGAAGAAAGAGUACGGAAACGAGAGGCUAGAGAGGCACACACUCUCUCAGCCAAGGCCACCAACCUGCGUGGCUUCAGGGCCAAGAUGUUCCAGCAGGAGCGACACAAGCAUAAGAUCCAGAUGAGAAAGCAAAUCAAAGCUUUGGAGGAGAAGAACGUCAAGUCUGCUGGAGAGAAAGACCCGAGCCAACCUCUCCCGAGCUACCUGCUCGACAGAAACAACCCGCAACAAGCCAAGUCGCUUUCGAGCGCUAUCAAGAAUCGUCGUUCAGAGAAGGCCGCGAGAUAUAGCGUGCCCAUACCGAAAGUGUCUGUUGUUGCUACUGGCAAGCGGAAGGGCAAAGGCUGGAAAAGAAUGGUUACUAUGCCGACAUUUGUUGUAAAAUACGAGCGCUUUAUCCGCCCGAUGGGUUUGCGCUACAAGAAAUGCCAUUUAACUCAUAAGGAACUCGGAGUCACGGUCUGCGUCCCGAUCAUUUCCGUCAAGAAGAAUCCCCAGCAAGCUCUAUACACGCAGUUGGGAUGUUUGACACGCGGAACUGUAAUUGAGGUCAACGUCUCGGAGUUGGGUCUUACCACAGCUGGUGGAAAGGUAGUAUGGGGUCGAUGGUAAAUGCACAAAUCACCAACAAGCCCGAAGAAGAUGGCUGCGUCAACGCCGUCCUGCUCUCUUAAAACGCCCGCGGAAGCUAAGGGACGGGAGGAUAGGGGCAGUUAGUCUACAUGGUAUAAAAUGCACACAUUGGGCGUUUGUGGCGUUUUUCUCGCUUAUAGAAAAGAGGGGUGGAUGAAAUCCAUGCAAAAAAUAUAUGGGAAUGUCUCUCUUCCACAGAGGUUUGGUCAUGAUACCAGUAGAUAGUGAUUACUUAGCUGGGAGGAAAUUAAAUUGUGAAUUAAUUGCCUUCUGAGUUGUAAUGACCACCUAG